AUGGAGGUUUGUUGUUCGUUUAAGACGAUAAUUGGUGGAAUAUGUGGUUCAGAUAGCCGAGAUAAAAAAGAAGUAGUGACAAUCAUUCCACUAGUUUCCUGUUCAAGAGAUAUAGCAAAACAUUUGGGAUCAUUGGCGUUUUCUGGACCGGAAAAUGAGGUAGAUUUGAUCUUGUCUCGAGCUGCGAUAUUUAAGAUACCACAGGAUAUAAACGACAUGACAAUAUGCCCAUUCCAUCGCGGGAAACUUGAUUUAGGAUGGACAAGAGGAGCUAGUAUAAGAUGCAGAGUUCCACCUGUUUUGUCACAGCACGGUAACAAAAAUAAGAAAAGUUGGCCCAAGGGUGAAAGAGGGUUGGGAAAAUAUGACUCCCUACAUGUGUUACGAAAGACUGGCGUGUUUAUUCAGUGUGGCUCAGGUAAGAAUUUUUUGUCAGAUUUUGAUGCAUAAUUAAAGGUGAUCUACAGUCCGUAUGUAAACAAAGCCUUUGUUUACAUUUUUGUGUCCAAAAUAUUGAGCUUUAUUCGACAACUAUUUAUAUUUUCAAGCUUCUAGAGUAUAAUAAAUGAUCAAGAAACAACAAUCAGGCUUUUCAAGAAUUCAAACAUAGUUAAACUGUUCGUAUCAUAAAAGUGGGCUCAUUUGCGCACAUGCGCAGAUCGGACUGUAGAUCACAUUUAAAUAGAUAUUAGAUAUGUACACGGUUUUAAUCGUCACAAAAUUUACAGUAAAAGUUCUGAAUUACAAAGUAAAGUGAUCACAUAAAAACUAAAUAAUUUAAAACUAGAAAAUACAUGCAUGCAUGCAGCAACCCUCGCCUUGCUCACAAAACCAUUGCAAAUUCCGAACAUGAAGUAUCUAAAGUAGUUGUCAUAUGGUAACACGAUAAUUUUUAAGAAUAUUCUUACAAAUGAAACAUUGCCUAAAAAUAUCACUUUUAAUUACAAAAUUAUCAAUUUACCAACAUAUAUAUGUUAGGUAUGUUAUUAUACGUAAUAUAAGCUUCAAUUUAAGGUAAAAUUCAACCACAAACGCUUCGCAAAAUGUUUUAAAGUGUUCUUUAUAAAACUAACUAAACUGCGUUUAUUAAUUAAAUGGCUUUAUCGAUAAACUUUGAGUUUGCAAUAAAAUGAUUUCAAAUUCUCGCAUGCAAAUAACUUUGCUUUCUUUUUUAUUUGAAAAUUCAAUAUAAUAAAAAAGGGAAUCAAUAUUAAAGACACACUGUCUGAAAUUAUAUACUGUCUUGUUUAGUUGUUUCAUAUACGCAAAGGCCGUCGGGUUUUAAAACCAUUAAAAAAUCAAUAUUUAAAACAAACUUACCUUCGUUAACGUCGGCUCCCUUCUUUUAGCCGAUUCUUUUGGCGUUUCUUUCUGAGAGCUUUUGAAAUUUACAAAAUCUUGCAAAAAUGCGAGCAAAAAUGAAAUAUAUUUGCAAGAAAUUUAUCAAUCAUCAAAUCAAGAAAUGUUUGCUAUUUCGCUGUCGUCAUGCAGUCGUUAUAGUGCAAACUUUAAAUUAGAUCAGUGUUCGCUAUUCAUGACAGUCCGCCAAAUAUUUUGAGAUCAGUGAGGAUGACCACCCACCGAAACAUCGUUGGUGAGCCACGCCCGCAAUAUUUGAUGAACCUUAGACUUCGCUAAUGCUUUCGUUUCCUCGGGUGUAAAUAGCCGGGGGGAAAUAGUACCCUCGCACGGCGCUUCGCGCCGUCGGCUCGGGGAUUACAACCCAAUUUAAUAAAAUGUAAUGAGCAGCACUUUUUUCCACAGGAGUAUGCAGAAAAUGUAGAGAUCUUUUGAAGAAUCUUCGCAGAGUAGAUGUCGAUGAACUAGAAAGUCAGUUGAAGCAAACAACAUUGGUAUGUCAAAUAGGAUAUGGUGAGAGGCAGCCAUGUUAUCGGCAGAUUAAUAAUUAAAAAUCCACAUACUGUAACGAACCUCUGUCUCUUAUAUUAGACACCCGUUUACACGAUGUCCGCAAAGUUUGAAAACGAAACGAAAUUCUUACUUUUAGUUCACACGAUACCGGUAUGAAAAAACAUGAAACCGUAACGAUAACCAUAAGAGUUUGAAACCGCAGCAAAAUUCUGCCGUCUCGGCACCGUGUGAACGCCUAACCCUAAGAGCUGUAUGUAAACAAGGUAAACAAGCAAUGAAGCUAUGAAGGUAAACUUCAAAUAAGAAAAAAACUCGAAACAGUUAUCGCACCAAACCGGAACGAAACUCUACGGGAUAAUUUUCUGCCGGCAGAGUUUCGUAGCGGCAUGGUGUGAACGAGCCAGAUACAGAUGUGCACCAACGGACGGACGGACGACGGACGAAUAGGUGUAUAGACGACCGAUGAGUCGAUCGAAGAAUAAGAGAAAUAACGGUAUCUCACAAUUUUUAGGAUGAUGAUGAUGAUGAUGAAGUAAUGUUCAAGACACCCAUGCACAAAACUAUCCCAGUUCCUCAAACACCUCUUGAUGUAAUGGAUUCAACGUUUUUUCCCCCCUCAGCAGUUUCUGAACUCUCACAGAUGGAAGACCCUAACACAACGCCUCGAGAAAGGCUGAAUGUGUUUCUUGCUUCUAGAGAUGUAAGCCCCAUAAGGACAGCGAUGAACACUUCAUGGCAUGCAGCGGCAGAUCGUACAAAAAGACACUAUUUACGUAAAGCUAGGCAAGUUAUUCACGCAACACUUGAAGAAAUCGCACCAGAAAAUUCUGAAGAGCUAUUAAGAGCCGUGCAAGAAGGAAGUAUGGGCGGAGAAAGUGACUUGGAUUCAACACUUUUGGAAGUCUUGGUCGAAUGUUACGAUAAUGCAAACUGUUGGAGCAGCCGCAGACAGAUACUGUCAAUCAUGGCUGACAAAGUCAGCUUUACAACGCUUCAAAAGUGGAUCCCUGGUAUAUCACGUUAUCGGUUUUCAAUUGCACGCCACCAUCGAUUGCUUCAUGGAAGAGGAUCUGAAGUUCCUCAACGUGACCUACGGCAAACACGAAUGAGGGCCUCACCUGAACAGCUGGAUCAUUUCUUAGCGUUCAUAACGAGUUCAAGAGCUAUCCAAGAUUUACCAUUUGGUGAAAAAACUCUAAAACUAUCUUCUGGUACUGAAAUCAAGAUCCCAAAUGUAAUAAGAACCUCAAUCCCAGAACAGAUCGUAAAGCAGUAUGAGCGCUAUUGCGCAGAAAUCGGAUACAGCUCCCCUCUAAGUCGAAGCAGCAAUCUAAGGAUACUGAAAGUGUGUUCAGCAUCGAUGCGCAAAUCGCUUCAAGGGCUCGACUAUUUCUCUGCUGAUGGGGCGAAGGCCUUUGAUGAUUUACAAGAAGUUGUCGAGAAGCUUGGAGAUCGCUACCAACGAGGAAUGUCAUGGUCGAAAGAAAUUUCAAAAAAGCUGAAGCUGGCAAAGCGCUACUUGAAAGGGGAUUAUAAGGUUAGUGACUAAUCUUCCUAAUCAAUCAAAUCAAAUCUUCUGUGAUCAAAGUGUAUGUUAAUCAAAAUAUUUGGUAGUGUAAAGGCCCGGUCACACUACACAACGAUAACGAUACGAUAAAUUGUAAACACGCGAUAAUUGUCAAAAAAAUUGUGUUAGUGUCCACACAACAACGAAAAUGAUAAAAUUAUCGUUAGACGAUAACGAUAACGAUUUUAAAAUCGCUCACCUGAGCGAUUUUUUUUUCAGUCGGACGAUAACGAUAAAUUUUUGACCAAUCAGCGCGCGUAUUCAAGUUAUCGUAUCGUUAUCGUUGUGUAGUGUGACCUGGGCUUAAGCCCCCAUUAAAGAAAGCGAUUGCUUUGAAAUUUUUUGAUCAAUGACUUUUUAAAAAUUUAAUCACAGAAAGCUUGGAAGUGUAAACCGAGCAUAGUUUGCAAUCCAGCAUGCAAAUUCGUCCGCCAUCAUAAUAAGCGCCAUAUUUUUCUUUCAGGUGCACAUAUCGUCUAGUUCAAGGAUUCCUGAUCAUUGUCGGCCCUAUGCCUUAAGCCAUGCCAGUGAUCCAGAUUAUUUGCAGUCCUGUAAGCAUAAACAUGAUCUAAUCUGCGACAGAUGCAAUCUGUUUCCUGCUGCUGUGCGCGAAAUGGAGUCAGUUUUGCACGAGGAUGAUAUACCCCUAGAAGAAAAAGAGGAAAUGAAGUUCAUAGUAACCCAGGCAAAGAAGAAUAUCGAAGCGUGGAAAGCCCAUUUACCACGAUCCGUCAACCAAGAUCAGGCUCGGUUAGAUAUUCUUGACAAACUGGAUGACAUUUCAGUACUCGUCAUCUUGGAUUGGGCAAUGCAAUUUAUUCCCAGAAGAUACCGAGAAAUCCAGGCCGACUGGUUCGGCAAAAGAGGUAUUUCUUGGCACAUCAGUGUAGCCAUGAGAAAGGUAGAUGGCAAACUACAAAACCUCACUCUUGUUCACGUGUUCGACAAAAGCAACCAGGACAGCUUGUAUGUGAUAGCAGUAAUAGAUGACGUCAUUUUCCAGUUAAAGCGCGCAAUGCCAGAACUGAUAUCUGUCAACUUUAGACAAGAUAAUGCCGCCUGCUAUCAUAGCUCAGCCACCGUAAUUGGAGUACAAAACCUCGCAAGAAAGCACAAAGUGGCCAUUC